CUUCGACUCUGUUUUACAAAAGAAGCUAUGUAACAAUAUGGCCCAGGAGGAGGUUGCCAAAAUGCUACAUGAAGCACAACAUCAGGAGAAGAAAACUCCAAAACAAAAGCCUCUGGCUGAUGAACUGGCUGCCCGAUAUCAAUAUAAACAGAAACAGAAGAGGGAAACGGACAGGACUGAAAGGCAAGGGGUGCUUCCCGGAUAUCGAGCUGAGGAAAUAGGAGCGAGGAGACAGAAGAAGGAUCCCCAGCAGAAACUGAAUACACAGGACAAGACUGAGCCAAACAUGGAAGACCAAAAGAAGACUGUGGAUGACAAUUUAGAGGAUAUAUUGAGGAAAGAAGCUCCCUCUGACUCUCUUUUACAAAAAAGCUAUGUAACAAUAUGGCCAAAGGAGGAGGUUGCCAAAAUGCUACGUGAAGCACAUCAUCAGGAGAAGAAAACUCCAAAGCAAAAGCCUCUGGCUGAUGAACUGGCUGCCCGAUAUCAAUAUAAACAGAAACAGAAGAGGGAAAUGGACAGGACUGAAAGGCAAGGGGUGCUUCCCGGAUAUCGAGCUGAGGAAAAUAGAACCAGGAGACAGAAGAAGGAUCCCCAGCAGAAACUGAAUACACAGGACGAGACUAAAAAACAUAUGGACAACCCAGAUGCAAUGCAGUGGGAAAUGCAUCACAGUGUUACUGUGCAAGGAAGAGAUGUUCAGUAUGAAUCUGGCUUUCUAGACCAUGAGAGUGACUGUGACAUUCCUGAUAAGGACAGAAGUUGUGAAAUACGUAAAAAAUAAUGGUGUACAACCAACUGUCACUUAUAAAGAAAGAAGAAGCUAAAAAACGGGCUUUUAUGGAGGAUAAGUUAUUGAAAGAAAAGAAACGUUGGGAAUCUGCAGAGCCAAAGCGUGAAAAACUGGAGAAAGAGAAAAAAGCUGCAGCUAUCAAGUCUCUGACUAAUUCUUAGGAUUCCCAGAUAAAAUUUAAAUGGCAGGAUAAAAAGGAACUUUGUGAGAUUGAAAGGAAAGACAUGCUUUCUUUAAUUGAAUUGUAAAGAGUGUGUGGAGG